GCUUGUUCCACCAUGGCUUGUAAAAUGACGAAGCAUGCAGACAACGUUUGUAGAGUCUGACCCUCAGAAAUUUAGGGAACGCACCGUAAAAUUUACACUUUACUAAAAAUUUGAUGUCUAAAGAAGUCUUGGCCGACUUUCGAUGAAGAUCACAGUACUUUCUAAAACAGUGGCAUCCAUCUUCGCCUUAUUUUGAUCGGAUAUAAGUAUUGCUUUUGAUCGCUUAUUAUUGCUUAAAUCGCUAGUUUAUCAAGAAUGUAAAAGCAAAGAAAACAGCUUAAAAAAAGAAUGAAAACGAAAAAACUAGAAAUAAGGAAAUAAAUUAGACUAGAACUACAAUAGAAUAAACUAGUUUAACUAGACUAGAACUAACUAGAAAUAUGGAAAUUUCUAGAAGAUGACAAUAUACAAAGAACGGGGCGGAUCGUGACCCGAAUCACCCGUUUGAGUUUAGUAGCGUGUAGGGUAGGCGAAGGGUAGAGGCGUGUAAUGUAAACCAUUGCGUCAGUGUGUUACAGCUCCUCAAAGAUCCAGCAUCAGUGCAGUUCUCAAGUCAGUUGGGACUCUGCUUGACUUGAAGUGCAGCCGUAAAAGUUCGUCAGUCGCAGAACAAAUCAUGUCUGACGCUACCAGUAACUUCACGACUGGGGCUCCUGAGUACAUCUCAACUCUGCCAAUUUCAACUGUUCCUGCGAAUCUCAAUGUAAACGGCGAGCCUCGCCGUAAUACAGAAUCCAUCGAACAGGAUUACCACCAACGCACCGAAAUGGACAGCAGAAGCUCAACAAAUCCCAAUGAAAAUGAAGUAACAACACCCGAAUUUGCAGUGCCUGAUGGUGUGGAUGCUCUGGCAAUGGAUAUAAUUGAGGAUAUUUUUCUUAUCCAUACCCUUGCACGCCGUAAUCCUUCCUUAAAAUGUCUUUCUUCUACUUCCGUCACUUUACACGCUGCAUUUGUCGGACGAUUGGAAGGAAGCGGGAGGCGUGAAGUGAAUAGGGAAAUAAGUGAUGUAGGAAUUAAAAGCAUCACUGAAAGUGUUCGAGACAUUGUCCGGUCUCUUUCAGAUAUUUCCUUGUGUGUUCCAUUCAAGGAAUCAGACGAAAUCAUGGUGCAUGAUCUUAAAGCCGUGCUAAUAGAAUUAGUUCACGGACGCACUGAUAAUUUGAUGGAUCCAUUCAAGCUCUUCCCGUUGAUAAUACCUCUCAAAGAAUUUUUAAGUGAAAUUAGUAUAAUUGAAGGGAACAUCAACAUGGUCGGAGCUAUAUGUGGAAAACGCAAUGUCUAUCCAUGGUCUUGGUUUUUAUCUGUGAAGUCAGCAGAGGAUUUGAUUCCGAAGAGCGGUGAGGCAGAAGCAUGCGCUGUGUGUCUCGAUACCAAAAUCACGCCGCAAACCAACUUUGGCGUGCUACCGAACUGCAAGCACGUCUUCUGCACAACUUGCAUUCAAGGAUGGCUAAAUCCGGUCUUGUCCGAUGUGCCGUGAACAAGUUUCAUCUUUCAUCACUCGGGACGAAUUCCUGGAAUUUAUUGCGAAAAAACGUGUAGUUGAAGACACGCUACGCACGCACGGGGAAACAACGUGUAGUGGAAGCCAAGUUACGCACGCACGACGAAACAGCGUGUAGUAGAAGACACGCUACGCACGCACGGCCAAACAACGUGUAGUGGAAGCCAGGCUACGCACGCACGGGGAAACAACGUGUAGUGAAAGCCCAGCUACGCACGCACGGGGAAACAACGUGUAGUGAAAGCCCAGCUACGCACGCACGGGGAAACAACGUUUAGUGAAAGCCAGGCUACGUACGCACGGAGAAACUACGUGUAGCGGAAGCCAGGCUACGCAUGCACGAGGAAACAACGUGUAGUGGAAGCCAGGUUACACACGCACGGGGAAAUUACGUGUAGUGGAAGCCAGGCUACGGACGCACGGGGAAACUACGUGUAGUGGAAGCCAGGCUACGCACGCACGGGGAAACUACGUGUAGUGGAAGCCAGGCUACGCACGCACGGCGUAAAAAGGGACCGGUGAGCAGCAGGGUGAAUUCAAAGACCUCAGCUGAGGGAAGGCAGAACUCAAAAUUCAAACAAUGAACGAAAUGCGGAACUUUCCAUGAUUCCUUUAAACAUUUGAUGCCCUGUAGUAGCGGGAUUUCAAACUUCCCAAUUAGUAAUUUAAGGAUAGCAUUUGACUUCUUGAUAGCAUGCCGUGACCAUAGCAUGCAUGACUUCUUGAUAGCAUGCCGUCCUUGAUAGCAUGCCGUCCCUGACUUCUUGAUAGCAUGACUUCUUGAUAGCAUGCCGUCCCUGGCAUCCUCAAAUAUUUAAGGAUACCAGGGACGGCAUGUGUCGGUUAUGGGUAAACUGAUAUCGCCGGACUCCGUUCAUUCAAAUAAAGUGGAGAAGUAGGA